ACUAGCGUCAUAUCACAGACUAAUUUGUGGUCAUAUUUUAGGUUAAGAGAUAUAAAAGUGGUUAACCUCAGAAAAAGUGAACUGAAAGUAUUUAUUGUAGUUAUGUUAUGAAAUAUUGAUUAUUUGAAGUAAUAAUGUCUUUAACGAAGAAACCUAUAAAGGAUAAAAAACAAUCCAUCAAAGAUGUGCUCAGGCAGAGGAAGAAAGAACAAAAAAAGAAACUGAAAGAAAAGCGUGCACGAUUAGUAGUGAAAAAUUUACCUUUCAAUUUUACAGAAGAGAAUCUGAAAGAGCAUUUCAGUAAGUAUGGAGAUGUGACAGAUAUUCAUAUUUUGAAAAAAGAAGAUGGUAAAAUGACUGGAUGUGCAUUUAUACAGUAUAAACUAGUACAGAAAGCAAGAAAGGCAAAACAUUAUACAAAUGGUCAACCAUUUCUCGGUAGAAAUCUCAAUGUAGAUUUUGCAAUGUCGAAAAAAGAUUAUGAUAAUAUUCGAUAUAAAAAGGAAAUUAAAGAAGAGAAAGAUAAUAUUAAAGUUGAAGUGAAGGAAGAGCCAAUUGAUGAAGAAAUUCUUAAAGAAGAAGUAAAAGAUGAAGAUCAGGAAAAUGAAAAAGAUGGUGACGAUAAAGAUGAUGAUGAUCUUCAUAUAUCCGACAGUGAAGAUGAACAUCAAUCUGAUGAAGAAAUGGAGAUUGAUGAGGAGGAACAAAUAAGUUCAAAACCAAGAGUGGAAUCAAAUGAUGUGUCUGAAGGAAAGACAGUUUUCAUAAAAAAUGUCCCUUUCACUGCCACCAAUGAAGAUCUUAAAGCAUGUAUGGAGAAAUAUGGUCCGAUAUAUUAUGCUUUGAUUUGUGUUGAUAAAUACACUGAGCAUUCAAAGGGAACAGCUUUUGUGAAAUUUUGUUUUCAAGAGGAUGCUGAAAAAGUCUUACAAGCAGGGACUGAAUUAACUCUACUGGGAAAUGUUUUGGAUUGUCAUAAAGCUUUGCUUAAGAAUGAAAUUCUAUCACAACAAGAAAGCAAAUCAAAUAAGAAAAAGGAUGUCAAAGAUUCAAGAAAUUUAUAUCUUGUCAAGGAAGGAGUUAUUUUGGCUGGUGCAAGUGCAGCAGAAGGAGUUUCACAAGCUGAUAUGUUGAAGAGACUUCAGCUAGAGAAGUACAAAAGUCAAAUGUUGAGGAAUCUCAAUAUGUUUGUUUCUAGAGAACGUCUAGUUGUUCACAAUUUACCUAUUAAUUGGGACGAUAAAAAGUUCAGAGAGCUGUGUAAAAAAUUUGCCGGUGAAAAUGCAAAAAUAAAGGAGGCUCGUGUAAUGAAAAACAUGAGAGAUGUAGAUGUCAAUGGUGUUGGAAAAUCAAAAGGAUUCGGAUUUGUUACAUUAGAUAAUCAUGAAAAUGCAUUGACUUUAUUAAGAAAUUUAAAUAAUAACCCUAAUAUAUUUUCGGUAUCAAAAAGACCAAUAGUGACAUUUUCGAUUGAAAAAAAGACGGCACUACAAGCUAAACAGAAGAGAUUAGAGAGGUCGAAGAUGAAGAAUCCUGUAAGUCGAAAUUAUAAUCCCAAAUUAGUAGAGGAGGAGAAGAAACAAAAUGAACAAAAGGCGAUAAAUAAGAGCAAAUCUGUUGAUAAAGAUAAGAAAAUCAAGAAUGACAAUUUGCAAGACUUUGCUGGUAUUCCAGGUAAACCAGGAGUGCAGAGGAUGAGAAAUAAUUUUAAAUUAUCGCAACAAGCAGCUAAACACUUUGAAUCUGUCAAGAAUGAAAAGAAAAAGAAAAAAACAAUGAAGAAAAGUUUAGCUGACAAAAUGAAAGAUUUCACUAAACAAGAAAAACAGAAAAUAAGGAACAAGGACGAAUCUGAUAAUUUUUCAAAAUUAGUUUCUCAUUAUAAAAAAACAAUUGCAAAUGUACCUAGCAUUAAGGAAAAAUGGUAUUCUAAUGAUAAUUAAAUGCUAAUAGGAGAAUAUAAACCUGGUUGUAAAUAUAUCGUUGUUUAAUACA